AUGAGGUUGCUCACUAAGCGUGACUGGAUGAACAAUCCGACCAAGAAUGAGAUCGUGGUUACCGAGGAGGUUAGCCAGCUGGUCAUCUCUGGCGGUCCCAUGGAAGAACUUGGCGACAAUAUUGAGGACCUUGCUUUAGAGAUCAAAGAUACUCAACCAGAAAUGGCGCUUCAAGUAAAAGCAACUUCUGAAAGUCUCUUCUUAUACAAUCGAUUCAUCAGAGAUAUGGAUCACUGGUUCUUGGACGAGCAGCUAUAUACUGCUUUCAACGUGGAUGGCCAGGAGAACAACUUGUCGAUUAUGCCGGAGUUCACUAAUCUUGUCAAACACUCAGGCGGCGGUCGAUCAUCUCGCUGA